UAUUGUGCAUCAUCUCCUGUAAGUACAACUCGGUUUGUAUUAUUCGUCCCCAGAAACCGACGAAUGUGACCCCGACCCGUGCCAGAACGGCGGCGUCUGCACGGACGGUCAGCUGUCCUACACCUGUACAUGUCCGCACGGGUUCGCGGGCGUCAACUGUGAACUGACUUGCCCCUCCGGAUUCCGGCUGUUCGGAGAUCAGUGCUACUGGUUCUCUCCCACCGCCGUGAGGAACGUCGUGGCGACUGCAGAGACAGACUGCGACGCUAGGGGCGCUCGCCUGGCGUGUGUGAAGAGCGAGGAGGAGCACAACUUCAUCAAGAUGACCAUCGCUACCACAAACCGCAGGCCCCACUAUAUCGGACUGAGUGACCGGGCGGUGGAGGGCACGUUUGUUCACAGCGACGGGACGGCACUGGGCAGCUUCCGGCCUUUCCGUACGAACAGCAACGUGAACAACCGCUGGAAGGACUGCGUUAUCAUGUGGCCCUCAUCGUCCUACCAGUGGCUCUACUACUCCUGCAAUUCUCGCAGGAACUACGUCUGCCAGAGAGCUGCAAGUCCGUGAGCUGAGGAUGACCUGACCGAAAGCUGAGAAAACUGUCAAGAGGUGUCAAAACUG